CCGGAUCCACGUUACUCUACUCCGGGAAGACUUUGCCGUGAGCAGCAAAGUCCGGGCGACAAGGCGGUGGAACUUUGAUGUGUGGUGCUGGGAAAAUGGCCGUCAAGAACGUUUGUGACCCUUUGAAGGGUGUUUGAAAGGCGAUCGUGCACGCGACGUACCCUCUUCCCACCCCUUACACUGGAUUUUCUUACACGGGAGGUUCUAGGAAGCUACUCAACAGAUGCCGGACAGCCUGUUGCUGCCAGCCAGCUACGUCGCAAUGGCGGAAGCCGAGCCCGACCUAAGCACCUUCGAGAACAAAACCGGAUUGGCGGAGGACAUGAAAUUCUUGGCUUCGAUGCCGGAGUUGUGUGACGUCACGUUCCUCGUAGGUGACACCCGGGAGCCGGUGUGCGCUGUCAAGGCCGUCUUGGCGGCGAGAAGUCGAGUGUUUCACAAGAUGCUCUAUCAGGCUCCUAGUCCCCAAAGAAAGAAAGAACCCCCACCACGAGAAAAUAAACUUCGCCUGUUUUUGAAGAGAUCUUCAGAACCCCUAUUGAAUUUACAAAACCAAUCCCAGCAAAGAGGCUUCAGUCAGCAGCUGGCUCCUAUACAAGAGCCUUCAGCUCAGCAACAUCAAACCCUCAUCAUUGAAGAAUUCGAACCCGACGUAUUUCGGCAGUUGAUCGAGUAUAUUCAUACAGGAUGUGUCACAUUACAACCAAGAACUUUGUUAGGGGUGAUGAAUGCUGCUGACUACUAUGGCUUGGACGAACUACGUAGGGCUUGUGCUGGCUUUGUCCAAUGUUGUAUUAAUGUCGACACUGUAUGUGCUCUUUUGGCUUCUGCUGAAAGAUAUAUCCAGUACAAGUGUACAAAGUCCUUGGUACAAAAGGUAUUAGAGUUUGUAGAUGAGCACGGAAAUGAAGUCUUGAAUCUAGGCUCAUUUACCCUCCUACCCCAGCAUGUCGUGAGGUUAAUUUUGGCCCGUGAUGAACUACAAGCCGACGAAUUCACUAAGUUCCAAGCUGCUUUGAUGUGGGGCAAAAAAUACUGCGAUAACAACCCGAGUACCAGUCUAAAGGACGUCAUCGGUAAUUUCCUGGAAUACAUCCAAUUCCACAAAAUUCCUGCUAACGUCUUGAUGAGAGAAAUCCACCCUCUUGGUUUGGUGCCAUACCACAUCAUCAUGAAUGCUCUGGCAUAUCAGGCAGACCCAGCAAGCAUCGACCCCGGUAAACUGUCGCCCAAUCGCGUGAGACGCCAAGCUCAAGGUCGCAGCAUGUCCGUGCAGUCCUCGGACCCCUACGGCAGCAACACUACGUUGAGCAGCAGCGCCUCCUCCGAACUGGCCUCUUCCGACGGCAAGCACUCCUCCAACUAACAUAAGGCCACUGUUGCGCACCAUCCGCCGCCUGCAGCCCCUGAUCGCCCUCCUCCGCCUUCUGUCACUGUCUCCUCCUCUUCCCCAUCUUCCACGCCCCAUUCGUCGCCCGCACAUACUUUCACGUUCACGAUUGUGCUCAAGAAGGUCACGCCCAAAGAACAGGCUACGCCUAAAUAAUAGGCCGCGCCCGAGAAGUAGGCGGAGCUAAGUUAGAUGAGGCGAAAACCAUGCAUUUGUGAGAGAAUUUUAUUCAUAUUCCCGUUUGGUGGAUGCCCCUUAAUAUGAAUCAAAAUCAACCAAUUACAACCAUUUUUAAGAUUUUUCGAAUAACUUGAAAACCGUUAACGUUAUGUUUUUGUUCAAAAUGAUCAUAAAAAGCAUAAGAAAACUAAAUGUAACUUCUGAAAUUUAUUCUGUGAUCGUCAUGUUCCAUUCUCUGGCCGAAUCAAAACCACACAUAUGUUUAGAUUGCAGUUUAUUGUUCGACGCUUCGACCACCACUGUAGUCAUUUAGAAGUAGAAUUGAUGUCUGUGACAAUACACUGUCGCAUCAUAUAAUAAACUGGAAUCUGAACAUAUAUGUGAUCUUGAUUUGGCGAGAAAUUUCGUCCUAGUAAAACUUUGUUCGAACAUAAAAAACAAAUUACCUAGUGUGUUUUAUAUAAAAGAUGGUUAAACAAAUUAGUACUUUCUUACGACUCCUUGAUUCAUGUCAAUUGGCAUCCAACAUACGUGAAUAUGAAAAAAUGGCGUCAUGUAGAGUGACUCCGUACUUCCUACGCAAUUCUGGACAAAUGGAUUGUGUGAAUAUGUAGCAUGUAUAGUAUCUAAAUAAACUUUUGCCACUCUGGUAUCUUUAUAUUCGACGCUGUGAAUAGAUGAAACUCUCUUAGGCCUUGGUAUCAAUACAUAAUGCCCAAAUGUGUGAUAUUGUGUCUAAUGAACCUCAUAGACCUCAAGUAAAAUAUAGAUUUGCUUGAGGGUGAGGAUUUGUGAUAUCCAACGUUUUGUCAUCAACCAAGACGGAAGACUAUAUGCCGACAGACAUUCCGAUUUAUGUUGCAGGUUUAGAAAUCGAAGAUAGAUUAUUGUUUAUUCAAAUAAUGCUUACUUUUCAUCCACCAUAAACAAUCAAUCUCAAAUUAUCCGUUUUCGCAAAUCGUAAAUAGAAUACACAUAGUCCUUCCUUCAUGCAUGUUGGUGUACGUGCAAAAAAUCAACAUUCCGUUGAUUUUACUCAUGUCAACCAAUUGACGGAACACGACAGGGGAAAACGGACGACUUGACACCACACAUAUUCCCUAUUGCUUUACGAUUUAAGUUGUUCCGGCAAGUCGUGCGAUUUGCAUGACAAGCAAAUCAGAGAACCAUUCAUAAGCCCUAAUAUCCCCAACCCCCAAAUUUCAGCCCAUACAAAAAUGUUUCUCAAAGUGAUCAGGAGCUUGAGCCAUUUUUAUUUUUUUCGUUUUUUUGCUCCCAGCUCCGCCGCCACUGGAUCGUUUUGUGUAGCAUAUUAUUAACCUUUUGUUCAUCAGAAUCCGACCGGUGCCUUCCAAAAAAUUAUAGAGAGGCCAAGAAUUAGCGGACAGACCAACAACAACAAAUCGACAAACAGGCAGAAUGACAGACAGACCGAUAGACAGAUAGACUGACGAAAAUGAGUGACCUGGUUAUUUAUGUUGAACAUUCCAUAUGACAUCCAAACAACAUAAUAAUUCAUUUUUGAAAGUUUACGCGAUUACAAUACUUCUUCACUAGUUUCGUGGGAAGCAAAAUCGAGCUGGAAAAUUUCUCUCACAAAUGCGAAGUUUUCGACUCGUUUAAUAACACAACUAUUCUACAAAGACCUGUUUUGGUUAUGAAUACAAUUAUGUCUGAUAAAAAACGAAUAGGCGAAACAUUUAAAUAUUAUUUGUCAAAUAAUAAUAAAAUUAUAACCGAUAAUAUUGUAAAGCUCUUUGACAUGUGAAAUGUUUAUUAAAUACCUUUAGGAUUUCUUUGGAACAUUAACUUCGCAAAAUGAUACAACGAUAUAUUCGUUACGCAGUUUUGACGUAUUAUUUUUCUCCACAUUAUAAACUGUCCUAAAGGUUUACUUUACGGGUUUAGAAUAACAAAACUUUUUGACAUAUUUUUAAUGCUGAAGGCUAAAAUAGUCCACCGACAAUCUUUGACACUACACUUGCUGUAACUACUAUCUACAUAUCUCGUUUAUGAUUUAAGUUACAUUUCUUUUUAGUAAAUUGUUAUUGCGUAUAAGAUGAAAAUUUAUUAUAAAAUUCAUAAUAAUUAAAUUAGAUCUCAAAAAUUACAUAUGACUAUUAUACAUGAGCAAUAUUUUUAAAUGAGGUUGUAACAAAACAGGGAUGAACAUUUGAAAUAUCUAUCUCUAAUUUUUGUAGAGCUAUUAGAAGAGACAUGUUGAUAAUGAUCUUUUUGAUGUGAUGUUUAGUGCUCAGUAAAUGAUAAUAAGCAGUAUUAGGAAAGAAAUCAUCGGUAUUAUGUGUGAAAAAAUAGGAGCAUAUAAACACUAUCAUGAGAAAAUUAGGGGAACUAAUAGAUGUUCAAGAACGAUGAAUAUAUUAGAAAAAAACUUAGGACUUCCAAAUUAAACUAAAAAUAUAUUACACAUAAACAUUGUAGCAAAAAUGUUCUUAGUUAAACUCAAGAUCUAAAGUGGGUACUUAUAGUACCCAUUUUAUAAAAUGGGGCCAUUUCUUAAUUUAAUUUGGAAGUCCUAAAUCUGUAUAUCAGGAAUUCAUUGAUCAAUUUUUCAACAGUAUUACCAUGCGGCACAAAUAUUCACAAAUAAAUUUGCUCCCUUACUACCCCAAUGGUGUCCCUUGCAGAUUACCAAUAGCGGUGUAAUGAUCUAGUGAUGUUCUAUUUGAAUAUCCUUAGUUUCCUUACAUACACCACAGUAUUCGAUGCACUAUUAUGACCAGUUGAGAAUAACACUCGAAAUUGUAACGUCUAGUUCCCACCAUGGUCAAAGAACCAAGGAAAAUGUCCAUAAUUCCGCCCAUACCGAUCACCUUAUUUUAUGUGCGCAACAGUGGUUAUAACUUUUUUAAUGUCAAACACCGAUUAUUUUCAUGAAAAUGACGUGAAAAUAUAUAAAUUCACAUGAAUUUAUGAAAAUUGUCAGUGACAAAAAUUACUCUAUAACUAUGGCUUGUUGUUAGACAUCUACAUAUACAUAUAUUUGGUGUUUGCAAUGUUUUUGACUUUGUUGUAUUUUAUAGUUUUUGAUAAAUAACCUUCGCAAUUGAUGGGUUGUACGUAUGAUGAUUUAUAGCUUCAUAUGAUUGUUAUUAAUAUUAUUUGUUGUUCUUCAACAUAUGAGGCACUUAGAGCUAAUAUUCGACUUUAUUUUUUCCUUAUAAUUCGUAAUCUGUGUAUAUUUUGAAUUUUAGGACACUGUAGUAGAUUUGGUAUAAACAUCACUCAAGGAAGGUUGUCUGGUUUUUGGUGUAGAAAUGUUUCUCAUUACUUUUUCAUGUUUUUUUUAAGUGUCUUUGUGCCUCUAUGUUUACCAGAGGUAAAUGGUGUGUCAUUAUGUUAUUUGAGGGAAAAUGACAAGAAUGCUUGGUAUAUUUUAUAUCUAUGUAUAUUUAGUCUGGCAAGGUACAAACAAACUACAAGGAAUUUGGUUAACACACAUGGUAAUAAAAACAGAUAGUAUCACACAAUAUUUUUUGAAGAUGAGUACUUUGAAGUAAAAAGUAUAUUACCUGCCAUAUUUUGAAGUGGGCCAUUAUUAGGUGAGAUUAGUAAUGGCCUUCUCAAAUGAGGUAUGUAUAGAUCAUGUUUUACUACUAACACUUUAUAUAACAAAAAUAUCGAUUUUACAUCUCGAUCAUAACAAUUCCAACUCAUUUUACAAAUACCUUGAAAUAUUUGGUUACCUGGUGUCAAACUGACAAGUUCAAAUUAACGAAUAUCCAGCAGAUUUGGUUUGGACUGGUCCAUCCGAGGGGAGUAAGGUACAAAUGUCUUCUUUUUAUUAAAAUUAAAAGCUGUUUUCAAACAUCAUGUCGAUUAAUGGGGGUAUUCAAGAAGGAAAAUUACAUGAGGAUCUAUACUGAAAAUUACAAUUAUUUCUGAGUCGUUAUAAAAUAAUUCGAAAUAUAUAGUUUAGUUGUCAAACUGGCAAAAUGAAUUUGACAUGAUUCAAUUUCAAAUGGCAUUAUUAUUUAGCUUGGGGUUUUCAAUCAUUCAAUGCGGUCAAUGUUCAUACAGAUCUGUUGAGUAUUUGGCAGUCUAAUAUAACUAUAAAUACAAUAUCCAAGUAAUCUUGACUAUAUUCAUCUCGAUGCUGUUUUGACAUAAUGGAUAUGAUAGGUCCUUCUCUAAUUGAUGGAUUACGUAAAAAAGGUUCAAUUAUACUCAAAAAAAUAAGAGGUUGUUCUAAAACUAACGGAGCUUCUUUAUUUUUUUUAAAUUUACACGCUCUUGGUUCUUGUUACCUUCAAAGUACUCUCGUCGUCCCCUCCUCUAUUCACAUACUUUUUCCAGCGUGUCUUUACUUUCCAGAACAGUCCUAGUAAGCUUAUCUUGGGAUGUUCUGCAAUGCCUAUGACGAAUUUGUUUUAAUGUUAUCAAUGGCGUCGAAACGGCUCCCUUUCAGAACUGAUUACAAUUUAGAGAAAAAAUCACAAGGAGCUAGAUCUGGCAAGUGGGGAGGUUGAGGGAGAACAGUAAUUAGAUUUCCGAAACAAAAUUGGCUAAUUAUCAAGGCUCAAGUUACCGUAAGUUGCCUCGCCACAAGUUUGGCAAAGAGUGCUUAUAUCAAGAAAGAAACUUCGUGAAAUGUCCUUAUAAUCUGCAGCUAAGCACCAAACUCGGCUGGUUUGAUGUUUAGCAUCAACAUAGGUAAUGUUUGCCUUUUUAACAUAUCAUAUCAGUUUGUGAUGUGAGUAAAACUUUGCUGUCGGAUCUUGGACAAUUACUGGCUUACAAAAAUCUUUGAGUCGAUCGUCCUUAGUUUGUUGAUUCGCUCAUAGAUGGAUAGACAUGCUGCUUAGGAUCCGCGUGUGUUUCGCUCAUACGUGACUCUGCAUUUACCGAUGCGGUGACAUACGAAAAGAGUAAACAUAUCGUCUUAAGUUGCGGAUCCACAACGAGAUUUUGUCGUGAUAUUUUUGUCUCGCGAAAUAAAAAUCUCACGAAAAGUAUUAUUCCUUUGAGGAACGAGAUAAUCUCCUGAAACAAUGUCUCAUGAGAGUUUAAUCUUCUUUAAUGUGUUUACGGAAUUGAUUGAACCAAGUGAAAAAAGGGCUUUAAAAUGUAAGAAUUCUAGUUUCAACUGGACUAGAACAUGAUAGUAGAGUUAUAUGAAUGUUAUCCCAAUUUGAAAUUUGAAAUCUGAGAAAAUCAGCCAUGGACGAAAACCGCUUAGCUGCUAGAAUUGCAUUUAGCAUAUGUGUGCCUUGUUUUUCUAUUGCAAACUUUAAUUUUUUCAGCAAAUAGCGAAAAUCAGCAGCGGUCAUUCGAAGAAAGUUUUUAUAACAUAGUGAUCUUCCGUUCUAGUUCUAAUAAUUAUUCAAUUAUAUUGUAAUUUUUUUCUUAAUCCAAACUCUCAUCCAACAUGUGAGGCUGUUUGUUUACAGCAUGAGAGUUAACAGUAAGAUAAUAACAACCAGCUGCUUUUCAUCUAUGAUUUUUUGUUUGUUUGAAAUAUAUCGUAGGCUGCAAACGGUUGAUCAAUAUUCUCAUCAUGUAUAAAUGCCCAAACAAAAGUAAAUUUCAACAAAAAAAUUUUUCACAUGAUGGACAACACAUUAAUACAAGAAGGAUUAUCUAUCUGACAACACUGCAUCCAUCUUUGACCAAAUAGUAACAUCUCUUGUUGAGACGCUAUCAGCUGUUUUGUGGUUUUUUGUUACAUACUCGUAUUCGUAACCUGUCCCUCUCUAGUUUAUUGGCAUUGUCUACUGUCUUCUCUUGGUAUAACUACUUUUUGACUUGGGCCUGUUUUCAUAGUAGUGAUGGUUGACUGCUUAGGCAAAAAUUCCAAAUACACAGUUCCAUUGACAUGGAAAGAAAAUCUUCACAUUGGAUCAAGAGUGUCUUGCUGUUUUGCUGUCUUGAUUUUUGCGCUGGGAUGAUUCAACUUUUGUUUCGAUCCGUACACCAAAUAUUUGGAAUCCGUAACAGAUUGUGAAGGAGUUUCUGCCAAACUUCUACUCGAUUUUCUUUCGACAUUUCAGUCAUCAAACGAGCAUGUUCACUUUCUCGGUCAGAAUUUUAUGACUCGACCCCAUUGAGAUCCCAUAUCUCCUGAUAGGUCUCUGACGUUCAGUCGACGAUUUGCAGGCACCAGAUGACAUAUUUUCUGAAUGCGAGUAUCGAGGAUCAUCCUCAACUACCUGACGACCGCUUUUGAAUCGGCAAAACCGUUCGUAACCUCCUGUAUAACUUAUAGCAUCACCUCCAUCAACCUAUUGCAGAGGGUCAAAGGUUUCGGUAAAAAUUUCUUCUCAAUUUCACGCAAAACAUCACGGUGCAUCGCUGCUCCUGAAAAUAGCACAUUGUAAAAAUCGCCACUAAGGCUGAAACAACAUGCAAUCAAAAAACAAUCAAGCAGAAUCCGUAGAUGGUAGUUAUUGCGGGAAAUUAUGACGAACACAGUGUUGCCAACCGCACUACACUAAGACACUUCGUUGCGCCGCAUUUUAAAAAUCCCUGUUAUUUCUUUCACAUAUCUAGUAUUUGCGAUCUAUGCCAUAUGGUAUUGAAAGGCAUAGUUUACUGUUGGAAGUUGGAACUUUGAUAUAUUUAUUCUGAACCUAAUGUAAAUUCAAGGAGUUGAAAUGAAUUCUUUAGUUUAUAUAACCGAUUGGCCUAUCAUAUUCACUUUUACUGAAUGUAAGUGUAUAUUAUUGUUUGCAUAUGCACUGUAUAUCUUUGGGAAAACGUGGACAAAUAAUAUAUAUUGACCAAAUUAUAAAUAAAUGUGGG